UAUGAAGCAUCUGUGGAAGGAUCCAGUGUCUGAUGAAAAAACAUCACAGUGUGAUGACGUCAGAGAAGCUGCAUGAACUCAACAUUGUGUGAGUCAGCGAACAGUCUCUCAGACGUUAGUGGUCACACUGGACAGGAUGAUUUAUCUGGCCCACACAGCUCACAGGCAGUUCCUGGGCCUGGUAGCAGGUUUCCUGGCGUGGAUCUUCACCAUGACCACGGUCAGCCUCAACGAGUGGCGGCUGUGGCACGUGGACGAUGUAUCCGUCAUCACUUCGGGCGUGGCCUGGGUGGGUAUCUGGAAAGCGUGUUUCUACAGCCAAGUCCUCCCAGAGACGGAGAACUGUCGGAGCAUCAGUAUCUCAGACUCUUUUGUCCCAGUGGAGAUCCCCGUGGCUCAGGUGCUGAUGGUGCUGGCGGUGGUCUGUGGCCUGGUGGGAAACGUCAGCGGCGCGGUGGCCAUGAGGAUGGUCUACUUCUCUCUGGAGGAUCGCAGCAGCAUCAGGCUGGUCUUCAUGCUGGCAGGGACCCUGUAUCUGCUCACAGGGAUGUUGUCCUUGGUGCCGCUGGUGUGGAACAUGAGCUCUGUGCUCAACAACAGCACCAUAGACUUCCCUCCUGAGUUUCACCUCCCUGUGCCUCCUGUCAGGCAGCAGGUCGGCUCUGCCAUCGGGGUGGGCAUCUUAGCCUCCGUCCUGAUGCUCAUCAGUGGCCUGCUUUUCCUCUCCUACCACUACGCCUGGAACACUCUGAAGUCAGAGGCCCCCAGAGACACCAGGGACCCACUCCAUGGUCCCUGGAAUGAGUUAACAAAUGGAGUCAACCAGGGAAUGGAUAAUCCUGUGUUCCACAUUGAAGAAGUCUCAUGAUGGAAAAACCUGAACCGGCAGGAAUACCACAGAGAAGAGUCUCAUUUAACGCAGAGAUGCUGAAUCAAUCACAUUUUAUUAUCGUUUAUGAUGUUACAUCAAAAUUCAUCCUUAUACAGACUGACAGAUGAGAAUUCAUUAUCACUGGACAUUAAUUAUAAUUAUAUAAUUAAACAUGAUUUAUAGUGAUAUUCUCAUGUGAAGAAUUACUGCUGGCAUCCCCUCCAUAUACAACAACAAUGCUGAUUCAUUACAAGUACAUGAGACAACACAAGAGUUUACACAUGUACUCAGAGCACAUAUGAAUCACACUGUUUUAAUGUGACAUACAUCAGAAUAUAACCUACAAUAAGUGGCUGGUCAUGUAGGAGCAGUAACACAAGCUGUAACAUAACACCUUCAUACUAUCACUAUUUAGGUUUAUACAGUGAACUUUUUACAAAACAGUUGCCUAUUUACACAGAUUAAUCUCCUACGGCUCCCUGGGGCAAAAAUCUUUUGACCCCCACUGAACAUGGCAGGUUCACCCAGAAACCAACCAGGACUCCAGAGCAGGACUGAUAAGUUGAUUAGUUGGUUAAAAGGAAAUUAAUUGGUGAGUGAUUAAUAGUUUUAGUCAUUUUCUAAUAAAAUAACCAAUAACUGACUGUACCACUGCACCAGCUUCUCAGAUGUGAAUAUUUCCUUGUUUCCCAGUUUUCACUGAUAGUAAACUCAACAUGUCCUGUGU